AUGGCUGGCAGCUCCUUGCAACAACAGAUUGCCUCCAUGAGGCAAUCCUUGUUUGACGAGGGACUCCUAAAUGAACAGUUCAUUGAAUUGGAGAAAUUGGAGGAUGCGAGCGACCCAAACUUUGUUAAGAAUGUUAUAAAUGUAUUUCUAACUGACUCACUGAAAAAUGUCACUGGCAUAGAAGAAUCUCUGCUACAUUUGAAGGCUGAUGAACCCCUCGAUAUCACUGAACUGGGAAAGUUUCUUCACAGACUGAAAAGCGGCUGCCUCGGAAUUGGAGCUAAAAAGGUGCCUAUUGAAGUUGAGAAAAUGCUGCAAUGUUACGAAGCAGGCGACAUGGAAGGGAUGAAGACUAUACUUCCUACCAUGAAACAAGAAUAUAACAUUCUGGAGAACAAAUUGGAAGCCUAUUUUGAGCUACUUCCACAUAUUGAACCUGGACAGUCAUCUGAUCCUCCAAGCAAAGGAUCCACUAGUAGUGGGGAAUGA